CAGCAUCAUUAUCACCCUCGUCGACCAUCUCAUCUGGGUCGUCCACUCUCUCUGGCUCUCCUUCAUGCCGCAGCCACCAUUGUGGCCAUGGACGAGUCGUUACGCACCCAGUUAGCACAGCUCUUUCGUCUCUCCCUCAACUCCUCCGAUGACCUUGUCCACCUUCUCGAACACGGCCCUCCGACCUCGGGACUCGACCCUAACCUCAUUCGAAGAAUCAUUCAAGCGAUAUUAUGGCAUCGCUCAUUUCUACCGACAUAUUACGCCGUGGUGUUGUUCAUAGUGACUGCCUUCUUCACUUACGAAUUAUAUAAGAGCCAUACCAGACGAUGGAGGGCAAAGAGGAAAGAUCAAGGCCUGACACAAGAUAUCUCGUUGAACACUUCGACGACAGUAUCCUCGUCCUCCUCGAGUAGCACAUUGCUUGGAAUUAGCACUCCUCCACAGAAGGAUGAUUCGACAUCGGAGAUCACACCACUGCUUUCAGAGAUAAACUCCCUUCCACGACGACCAAGUCUGUCAGAUCGAGUCAAGGCGUUCCUCCAAUAUCAACCUCGGCCUAUCUACGCGUUGACCUCCCGAGUCAAUGUCCUACCAAACAAUGCAACGACAAUUUCCAUCGUUAUGUUUGCAACCAUUAACCUCUUCUAUCUCUUCUAUCGCACGCCUUUGUCCACAGAAGUCAUAUUUGUGCUCGCUGAUCGAGCUGGACUCUUGUUUGUCAUCAACCUGCCUAUCCUCUACAUUCUUGCAGCAAAGACGAACCAACCGAUCAAAUUCUUGACUCGACGUUCAUAUGAAGGUCUGAACUUGUUCCAUCGUCGACUUGGAGAAUGGCUGAUAAUAUUCUCCGUCAUUCACUUUGUGGGUAUGUUGAUGGUGUUCAACAAUAUUUUCCGACCCCUAGGAUAUACAUUCCUUCGGUACAUCUCUUCACCAACUGUGUAUCUCGGCCUUCUCGCGAUUGCAUCGUAUAUGGUCAUAUAUGUUACAAGUACAGGAUGGUUUCGACAUAUGUAUUACGAGGCCUUUCUCGGAUUACAUAUUGUAUUUCAAUUCGCGGCUCUGGUAUUUCUUUUUUUCCACUAUCCUACGGCCAAACCAUAUGUUGUAGCGACAGUGUCCAUUUGGGCCGUGGACAGAAUCCUGUGGCGCAGCAUGUUGUCGAAUCGGAAAUUCGUUGCCACGUUGGAGGUUGCACCAGAUGAAAAGACAACCUUGAUUCAUUGCGAGAUCGACAUGCACAAGAAACUUCUCGGUACCCGAAUAGGCUUACACCAUGGAUGGCAACCGGGCCAGCACGUCUUCCUAACCAUUCCAUCAAUUGGUUGGAAACAUCGGUUCCAGACCCACCCAUUCACCAUCGCGUCUCCUGCUCCACCACAACGAACACACGUCGACUCGUGGCCUUUACAAUUAGUGAUUCGAUCAAUCGACGGUUUCUCUCUCGAUCUGUUAAACUAUGCUCAUCACCACCAACAUUGCGAGGUAAUCCUUGAAGGACCACACGGCGGGGUCGAAGCACUAGAAGCAGCCCACGAUGCCGACAGGGUGUGUUUCAUCGCCGGUGGAAGUGGGAUCGCCGUAACCAACCCCCUAGCGUGGGACCACCAAGUCCACCCGCACCAACAAUCCAAUGCGAUCACUGACCUGAGAACCGUCUACCGCGACGGACAGAAACAUGCCCCCACUGUGAUUGAGUGCGGAUCAGUAGUCGACAACGAGAAAUUUAGCCAUUUUUGGGUUCGUCAGGACCCCCGCCAUUCCAAAUGGAUAUCUCUAGUCCCUAAGAUCAGCGCGGUACGAGGAGCUGGACUCCGCGAAGGCUUUGAUACGAAACCCAUUCCAAACGAAGAAGAGGAAGAAAACACCGUCACUACUAGUCUCAUAACCCACACUUUCGAUACACGGCGAGCGGGUCCUGAUGGUGGCCGACCAGAUAUGAAGACCGAAGUGUGGAACUGGGUGACCUCGCCGUCGAGUUCAGCUCCUGCAGCAGCUACGCCCGGAGACUCAGAAUCCGAAACAUCCUCCCUCGCGUCAACAAGACCCUCAGCUCGCACUCUACAAGAACGCAUGAAAGAUAAGAUCUGCAUUGUCGUGUCCGGCCCUGACGGUUUGGUACGCGAUGUCAACAAUGUCGCCACCCAACUCGUCCGUGAAGGCUGGGAUAUUGAGGUCUGGGUCGAGAAGUUUGGCUGGUAAUCUCGAGACCUAAGACGAGCACGAGAGUCGUUUGAUGGUCGUGCCAAUUACGAAGUCAUGGGAUGACGUUUGCAUUUGGAUGGCGUUGGGAACAUUGGAACAUUGGAACAUUUAUACAUUUAUACAUAAACAUAUACGAGGGUGACAUAUACAUAGAUCCGUGUAUACGAAGGAUUCUUUGAUAUUCUUCACAG